AUGUGUUCAGCAGUUGAUCGUACAUCUGAUUUUAUACGUUCCGUUCAACUUAAUCGAUCGAAAUUAAAUGACUUAAAACGUCAAGAUGAUUCAUCAUCCAAUUCAGUUGGAAAUCAAUUUACAGAUCAUACAUCUUUGGGGCUAUCUAAAGCUAACUCCAAUGACCUAGUAAAUGAAAAUACUAUUCCCAGUAAAUCUAAUAUUCCAAAUGGAUUGAUAAAAAGUCAAGAUUAUUCAUCGGAUAAGAAAUCUUCUGUUCUUCUUAGUCAACGAUCACAAUUUAUGAAAGCAGCAUCAAUGAUUAGUCAAGAUUUGACGAAUACAUUUUCUAAAUUGGAACAAUUAAAUGCAUUAGCUCGUAAACAAACAUUAUUCGAUGAUCAUAGUGCAGAAAUGCAACAUUUAACUUAUGUUAUCAAAGAGUCUAUAGCAAAUUUGAAUAAUCGAAUUGCUAAUUUACAAGAAAUUUCUAAAUCUCAAUUAUCUAAUGGGAAACAACAAUCUACACAUUCUCGUUCUGUAUUGAUGGUUUUACAAACACAUCUUGCUAAAAUGUCCAAUCAAUUUCGAGGAGUACUUGAGUAUCGUUCAGAAAAUCUAAAAGUACAAAAUGCACGUAAAAGUAAAUAUAGUUCAUUGAAUGAUAUGUAUAAAUCAUCGGAAACACUAUCAUCAUCAUCGACAUCUGGAAAGCCUCCUCUGCCACAUGUUGUUAUUCCGUCAGUUUUGUUAAAAGAUGAUGAACGUGCCAGAGAAGCUUUACUUAGUGAAAAACAAGGAAAUGAUGGAUUGGAUGGUUUAGGCAGUUUAGGCUCAUCUUCUAUCCCGAUGAAUUCAAAUUUAGGACUUGCUCAAAAAUAUAUCAAUCCUGAUCAAACUGAUUCGUAUUUAUUAUCUCGAUCAGAAACAAUGCAAAGUAUUGAACAUACAGUGAUUGAAUUAGGACAGAUUUUCCAACAAUUAGCUACUAUGGUUCAUGAACAAGAUGAAUCCAUUCGUCGUAUCGAUGCCAAUGUAGACGAGGCUGCAAUCUCAAUUGAAGCUGGUCAUUCAGAAUUAAUUCGAUAUUUUCGUUCAAUUAGUUCAAGUCGAUGGCUUAUGAUUAAAGUAUUUUUUGUUUUAAUUAUAUUUUUUAUAAUAUUUGUUGUAUUCUUUGCUUAAUUACUUCCUUAUUGUUACUUUUACAUUUGUCUGUCUGUCUAUCUCUCUCUGCGUAUGUGUGUGUGUGAGACUGAUCAGAUGAAUUUUCAAGUUAUCAUUAAGACAUGAAGAAACAGAACGACGAUACAUAGAAAUACUCUUUUUCUCUCUACUAAACUGUUACACAAUGACCAUUGGUCUGUUAUUGUCUGUAUGUUGUAUGUAAACUUGAUUGAUUGUUUUAUGAUUAAAAAAAUCUCUAUUUUAUAUAUACACACACACAUAUAAGUAAGUAUACAUAGAGUUUCAUUUACAUGUACACACUGUGUAUUUGAUUACACAAUGAAAACGUUUUACCGGAAUUCCAAUAUACAUAUAUAUAUAUAUAGGUAAUCGUUUUUUCCCCCCUCAAAAAAUGCUUCCUUUCAUUCACAUUAUUCAUAAAUGAACAAAUGAUCAACUAGUCUUUCAUUUAAUUUUAUUCACUCUAAUGUGAUAAUGAGUUGCUUUCACAUGUUCUUUGAUCAACUGUUGUAAAGCUGAUCCAUUGCAGACCAUGAAACAAAGAGUAAUCAUUAAACAUUUGUCUGUGUGUGUAUGUGAGUGUGUGGGCACGUUUUCUCCGUCUUCUCCUUGAUAUUCCCUUUUCUAUCUACACCAUCAAGGUUGUUUUCAUUCUAUACUAUGUAUUGUGUUUCUUGUUCACGCACACACACACACACAAGCACACAGAAACUUUCUUUUACACCUUCAAUCUACUUACAGCCUUAUUAUUGUGCUUUCCAUAAAAAUUAUGUACAGUGUAUAAAUUCAAUCUAUUUACUGGUAUAUUCAUCAUUUGUCUGGUAUUAUUGUGCCGCCUUCGUCCUGGAACUAUGAUGAAACGUUGUCUAGCUUCAAUAAUUGACUACUAUCUAUGCUGUAAUUUUUUAUUCUAUGUGUCUAUGUAUGUAAAUGAAAGAUAAUUCGUCAUAGUUAAUUAGUCCAAUCGAUUUUCUCAAAAAAAAUAGAGCGUACAAAUGAUUUUAAUGUUUACUGUGCUUUCUUCUAUUCUCACUCCUUAUUCAAUUAAUAUUAAAUCUUUGUCUUUGUAAUUUGGAUAUUUUUCAUUUAAACCAAUUGUUUUUGUUUGAAACAGAGAAAAAAAAGAUUGUACUACUUUAUUUCAAUUUAUUAUAAUUGUGUUUUGUUUUUUCCGAAUGAUAUAAACUGAAUUGGAUCACAUUGAAAAAAAAAAUUCAGUGGGAAAAGGGAAGGAGGAGGAUAAAAUUUGUUUGUAUGGAAUUUAAUUCUGAACAUGUACACAAUUUGAAUAUUGCAGACAAUUUAAUUCACGUUUUGACCUUCAUCCAUUUUGUUGUUGUUGCUUUUUCUUUUCAUUUGACCAACCGAAAUGCGCGACAUGAUGGCGGAUUUGUGUUGUAUGCCUAAACGUUGAG